GAAGCGAAGCCAAAUCCAAAACUAAUCCCACUGGAGAUGUGGCUAAAAUGUAGUACAACUGGUAUGAGUUAUCGACACAUGCUAUUCACGUGCCAUCGUUCAGUCUCCGUCGACGUCGAAGGAUCCAACUUAAUUAGAUCUCCUUUGCCGUAACCGCUCUUCCUUGUUGCCGGCGAAGUUCACUCUCUGCUAUUCGUUUCCCUUCAAUUCCACUACUGACGGACAUAUAGCAGUAAAGAUGAUGGGAUAUGAGAAUCAGACUUACGAAGAGUCCCACCUUUAUGCAUCCAAAGAGGAGAUGGAAUCUCUUGUACUCGACGACGAUUCCCCCAACAGCGCUGCUCAUCCUUUCUCCGAUCCACUUUCCUCCUCGUCUCUUCCUUUCGCUGAAAUCCCUACUGACCAAAGUCAAACCCAUAAUUCUUCCUUUAAUUCCAUCCUCGAACCUCCUUCUUACGCUGACGCCAUUUUCAGAUCCUUUGAUGCUGAUCACUCCUAUCCUCAACUCAACGGCGCCCAUGAUCACUCUAUCGCUUCUCCUUCCUCACCUCCAUCUUCCUCCUCAUUCUCCUCCGAGUUUUUGACUAUCACCGUUUCCGAUCCACAGAAAGAGCAAGAGCUCUCCAAUUCUCUCGUUCCAGGGGGCACGGCUUAUGUUACAUACCUAAUCACUACCAGGACCAAUUUCUCAGAGUUUGAUGGAACUGAAUUUAGCGUUCGGAGGAGAUUUAGAGAUGUGGUGACUUUGUCCGAUCGAUUAGCCGAGUCGUAUAGAGGUUUUAUCAUUCCCUUAAGGCCGGACAAGAGUGUAGUUGAGAGUCAGGUGAUGCAGAAACAGGAAUUUCUGGAACAGAGGAGAGCAGCCCUGGAGAAGUACCUGAGGAGAUUAGCUGUGCAUCCUGUGAUAAGGAGAAGUGAGGAGCUAAGAAUGUUUUUAGAGGCCCAUGGGAAGCUGCCGCUGGUGAGGACCACAGAUGUGGCCUCCAGGAUGUUGGAUGGGGCAGUGCAGUUACCCAAACAGAUCUUUGGUGAGUCAGCAGUGGGAAUGGUGGAUGCCAAUGAGGUGGCUCAGCCUGCCAAGGGGGGUAGGGACCUGUUGAGAAUCUUUAGGGAGUUAAAACAAUCUGUGGCUAAUGAUUGGGGUGGUGUGAAGCCACCUGUAGUGGAGGAGGACAAGGAGUUAUUGGAAAAGAAACAGAAGUUGCAGGAUUUUGAGCAGCAGCUCAGCAAUGUGUCUCAGCAGGCCGAAGCACUUGUAAAAGCUCAGCAGGAUAUUGGAGAAACCAUGGGCCAAAUGGGCCUAGCUUUUGUCAAGUUAACAAAGUUUGAGACGGAGCGAGCAGUUUAUGAUUCACAAAGAACAAGGGCUGCAGAUAUGAAGAAUGUGGCAACAGCUUCUGUUAAGGCAAGCAGACUAUAUAGGGAAUUAAAUGCACAAACUGUCAAACAUUUGGAUAAGCUCCAUGAAUACCUUGGAGUGAUGUUAGCUGUGAACAAUGCAUUUUCCGAUAGGUCAAGUGCUCUUUUGACUGUACAGACAUUGUUGUCUGAACUGUCAUCACUAAAGUCGAGGAUCGAAAAACUUGAUGCUGCUUCAUCUAAAAUAUUUGGUGGGGACAGGUCCAGAAUUCGCAAAAUAGAAGAGCUCAGAGAAACUCAUAGAGUUACUGAAGAUGCCAAAAGUUCUGCUGUGAGGGAGUAUGAGCGGAUCAAGGAAAACAACAAGAAUGAGAUUGAGAGAUUUGAGAAGGAAAGACAUGAUGACUUCUUGGGAAUGUUGAGAGGAUUUAUUGUCAAUCAGGCAGGAUAUGCAGAAAAGAUGGCAAAUGUUUGGGAGACGGUUGCAGAGGAAACAAGUGGAUACGCAAAACAUGGAAGCUGAGGAGUUGCUGUAUAUAAUGGCUUUUUAGAUUCUGCCUUUUUUUAGUUUAUCUAUUCCCCUUCCUUUAUGUUGUACUUUAUUUGUAUACUAGCUUAGAGACAUGUUCAUAUCUUAGGCGUAGAUGUUUGAUCCAACAUUUUUUCCUCGCAGAGUUCUAAUUGAUUACUUA